GGAGAUUUUCUUUGGUUUACCCGUUAAAUUUAUGCAGUCCCUGGACUGCCCCAAAUCUUUUACAGUUUCGAGCGAAGCAAUACAAUAGUGUCAGAGUAUCUGGAGUGUAUAUGUAUGAGACUCUUCGAAAGGACCGAUUGAUUGACAGUUUGAAAAAAUAAAUAGUUGAAAUGCUUACAGAUUUAAAUAAUUUGAAAAUUGAAGGGCUUGUAAUUUGAUAUUUCGGGGGUAAAUUGACCAAGUUUGAAGGAUAUUCCAAAUGUUGGAAUAUUUUGGUAUCACGAUGGGAUAAAUUAAAUGCAUUACUUUUCUGGAUGAACUUCCAAAUGCCUUAUAUGGGUGUCACGAGGGAGCAGUCUGACAAACUCCCGGUCUUACUGUCACGAGGAAUCAUCUCUUGUCAUUAUUUUGUGUUGCAAUUGACAAACCAAUCUGGCAAAAGGAUUCCAAAUAGGUUAUUCGGGUUGUCCUCAUAGGAGAACCCUUUUUGGUUACAUUUUUGUAAUAUAGCAUACGCUCUUAUAGAGAGCGAUUUACAGUCGUGACUGCAUACAUUUUCAUACUUUUUUUUGUACUGGUCCCCUGUGGGAAUCAAACCCACAACCCUAGCAUUGCAAGCGCCAUGCUCUUGUAACGGAUGUGAAACGGCUAGCUUAGUUAGCGGUGCGCGCUAAAUAGCGUUUCAAUCGGUUACCUCACUUGCUCUGAGACCUUGAAGUAGUAGUUCCCCUUGCUCUGCAAGGGCCGCGUCUUUUGUGGAGCGAUGGGUAACGAUGCUUCGAGGGUGACUGUUGUCGAUGUGUGCAGAGGGUUCCUGGUUCGCGCCCGGGUAUGGGCGAGGGGGACGGACGUAAAGUUAUUAUGUUACACUCUACCAACUGAGUCACCCAGGGAGAAACUUUUUUUUGGUUCUUUGUGGAAAGGGACCUCCAUUGAACCAAAAAGGGCUUCUUCAAAGGGUUCUCCUAUGGGGACAACUGAAGAAGCAUUUGAGCUUCUAGAUUGCACUUUUUCCCCCCUAUGUGUGUAUAGUGGUAAUGUGUGCAGAUGGACUGAUGCAGAUGUUGCCAGAUGAAAUAAAAAAAACAUACAAGCAUCACAUCUGUGAUUCUGCUAUCUUUGUCAGACUGCUAUUCUACAUAAAGACCAUAUCAACACAGAUGGAUGGAUCUUUCGAUUACUAUUCUCUGAGGUGACCAAUAAUGAUUCAUGGAAAUGAGACAGGCAUCAUUAAACCAUCCCUAUAUUAUGAUGAUGAUGAUUGUGAUGAUGCCGAAGAUUGUGAUUAUCGAGAUUGCUAUGAGGAUGACCACGGUGACGAUGAUAGGACGAUGAUUCUGUGGGUGAUUGUGAUGAUUGCAAAAGAUUGUGACGAUGAAGAGAAAUGACAAAGAUUGCUGUGGCGAUGAUGAUGAUGACGAUGAUGAUCAUGGUGUCACGUUCUUUCAAAAUCGAACCCAGAAGCAAACCAGGACAAGGAGAGUAGGAAGAAGUUUCUUAAUCCCACUCCCCAAAACCAUCCCUCUGUCAAUCCCCGUCCCCACUCCCAUUUCUCCACUCUAUAUCUCUCCAUUCCAUUCCCCUCAUUGAGUCCCCCCCCCCACAGUUCCCUCCUCAGCAUUGUCAAUGCCCUCACUCUAGCUGGUCUCUCCUCAGUCCUCUGUCAUCCCUGCGUCCGUCCUCUAACCAGCACCCUCACCCUCCUUCGUUUCACCAUCCUUCGUCUCAAGCUCCUCUUGAGACACCCCGUCUCUCCCCGUCUCUCGCUUCUCUUUCCAGCCUGUCUCCCACCUCUCUGUCUCUCUAUAGGAGGGGCAUCAUUUCUUCUCGCAGUGGCCCUCGCUCCACUCCCAUAAGCCACCAUGCUGGAGAGCAUGUCACGAUGCAACCGCUCCCUGCUCUCCCUUUCCCUGACCUCGCUGGCCCUGGCACUGUCCAUCCUGGCCUUCUGCACCUCGUACUGGUGCGAGGGGACCCACAAGGUUGUCAAACCCCUCUGCCUCUCCCCGGUCAAGUUGAAGAACUGCGGGCAGAACAACAGCCAGCCCUACACCACAGAGAGUCCCACUCUGGACCCCAAGAAGCCGGCAAACAACGUCACCUUGUCGCCCCAGGAAAAGGAAGAGCAGGCGAGGCGUCGGAAAAAGGCCCUCGCCAACGCGGUGCACUACAUCUGGGAGACGGGCGAGGACAAGUACAUGCUGCGCUACUUCCACACAGGUUUCUGGUUGUCCUGCGAGGCACACAAUGAGGAGGAGAGGUGCCGAAGCUUCAUUGAAUUGACUCCAGGAGAGACGCAAGGGGUGCUGUGGCUGUCAGUAGUAUCAGAGUUUGCGUACAUAGGCCUGUUGGCCAUGGGCUUUCUCCUCAUGUGGGUGGAGGUGCUGUGUCUCUGUGCCCGUAAGGAGAUGUACGCUCUCAAGAUCAACGCAUUUGCCGCUAUAUGCACGGUCCUUUCAGGUCUGAUGGGAAUGGUGGCUCAUAUGAUGUACACCACAGUGUUCCAGUUGACUGUAAGCAUUGGGCCAAAAGAUUGGAGACCACAAACCUGGGACUACGGCUGGUCAUUUGCUCUGGCCUGGAUCUCCUUCAGCUGCUGCAUGGCGGCAGCUGUCUUCACCCUCAACUCCUACACCAAGACGCUGAUAGAGAUGAAGCACCGCGCCCGUGUUCGUCUGGAGGAGGCCCGGGCGGCCAUCCAGGCACCCUCCUAUGACGAGGUGCUGCAGGCGGACGGCGGCAUCUACUCAGUCAGCAGCCUGCUCCAGCACUGCCAUCAGGGGGCGUUGAACGACCCCAUGUGUGGGGGAAGGGGGCCGCUGGUGGGCCCGGGGGUUCCAGACCCCAGAGGGCUGGUAGUGAUGGCUGGUGGCUGUGGGACAGAGGGGUGCGAGGACUGCGAGAGGGAGAUGGACGAGAUUGAGGACGCCCUAGACAGGGAAGAGAGGGAGGAGAUGGAGAGAGAGGACUGUGAGAGGUGCUGAGGGAAGGGAGGAGGAGGCGUUAAAAAGAGGUUCUGGCCAUCUGAAACUUGUUUUUUCUUUUUUAAAACUGUGAAAUGGACUGUUCUUGAUUUCAGUAAUUUCAGUGAUAACUAUUUCAGUACCUCCAUCCAUGCAUUAAAUCUGAGUAGCUAAAGCUCUGUAAAACCAAACACAGAGAGCGAAAUGUAUUGUCCGGGUAGAGGUCAAUAUAGACAAUCACUAAGAAAUGCCUGGCAUUGGUCACAUUUAACAUGUACAAUAUAGCUCACUUUUAUUCUAUGUCUUUAUGUUAACCCUGUUAUUACUAUCAUGAUAUUGAUCGUAACUGUUCAUCAUUGGCGGCAGCGUAGCCUAGUGGUUAGAGUGUUGGACUAGUAACCGAAAGGUUGCAAGAUUGAAUCCCCGAGCUGACAAAGGUACACAAUCUGUCGUUCUGCCCCUGAACAAGGCAGUUAAACCACUGUUCCUAGGCCGUCAUUGAAAAUUAGAAUUGGUUCUUAACUGACUUGCCUAGUUAAAUAAAGGUAAAAUAAAAUAAGUAAAAAUCAUGUCAGUUUUCAUGUCAUGUCAGUUCUUCUAAAUAAAGUGGACAGAUCCUGGGAAUUGUCUGUUGGGACAACUGUCUCAAUAUCUCCAGUUGAUGUCCAAAAAUAGAGGAUUUUAUCUUGUAGUUAAAUGAAGAGUGAUUCAAAGAUUACAUUCAAAAACACAGGGAGCUUUGGAGGUUAAGACAGAUGCUUUCAAAUGCAGAAGAUUAUGUCAAUAAUCUCCCCAGUCACAGGUGCAAGAGAGAUAGAGAGAUAGAGAGAUAGAGUCUAUGCCUUCGCCAUGGUGAAUCACUAAAACAAUAAAGAAAUACACUACGGAAAAGAAGGAGCAGCGCGUCAGAAAACAGCUCAAUGUAAUUGAAGAAUCCAUAGACUCUAACCACUUCUGGGAAAAUUGUUAUCUAAAAUUGUUAUCUUGGCCCUAUAACAAAGAACAAACAGCAAAAAAACAUAUACAUGAUCAAAUACAAAUCUUAGAAUCAACUAUUAAAGACUACCAGAACCCACUGGAUUCUCCAAUUACAUUGAAUGAACUACAAAAUACAAACCCUCCAACUCAAAAAGGCCUGUGGUGUUGAUGGUAUGAAAACGAAAUGAAAGAAUAUACAGAACAAAUUCCAAUUGACUAUACUUUAACAUCAUCCUUCGCUCUGGCGUCUUCCCCAAUAUUUGGAACCAAGGACUGAUCACCCCAAUCCACGAAAGUGGAGACAAAUUUGAACCCAAUAACUGCCGUGGGAUAUGCACCAACAGCAACCUUGGAAAGAUCCUCUGUAUUAUCAGUAACAGAGGAGGGCCUACAGCAGCACCUAGACCUACUGCACAGAUUCUGUCAGACCUGGGCCCUGACAGUAAAUCUCCGUAAGACAAAAAUAAUGCUGGUCCAAAAAAAGGUCCAGUCGCCACAAAUCCAAAUUCCAUCUAGACGCCGUUGCCCUAGAGCACACAAAAAACUAUACGUACCUCGGCCUAAACAUCAGCGCCACAGGUAACUUCCACAAAGCUGUGAACGAGCUGAGACAAGGCAAGGAGGGCCUUCUAUGCCAUCAAAUGAAACAUACAAUUUGACUCUGUUCACAAACACAAAUAGCCCCACGACAGCAACACAAUUAAACCAACCAAAUCAUGAGAAAGCAAAAAUAUAAUUAUUUGACACAUUGGAAAGAAUUUACAAAACAGAGCAUGCUAGAAUGCUAUUUGGCCCUAAGCAGAGAGUACACAGUGGCAGAAUACCUGACCACCAUGACUGACCCAAACUUAAGGAAAACUUUGACUAUGUACAGACUCAAUGAGCAUAGCCUUGCUAUUGAGAAAGGCCACCGUAGGCAGACCUGGCUCUCAAGAGAAGACAGGCUUUAUUUUCCCUUUUGUACUUUAACUAUUUGCACAUCGUUACAACACUGUAGACAUAUGACAUUUGAACUUUUGUUUAUUAUCUACUUCACUUGCUUUGGUAAUGUUAACAUGU